UUGGCCAGAGCAGAGCAGCGGCGGCGUUUGAGUGGAGGAAGAUGGCGGCUCCCGGCGGCUCGGGGUCCUGCCAGCUGUGAGAACCCCCGAGCACGGCAAACGCAUCUUGGGGCGGAGUGCCCCUGGUCCGGUCCUGCUCCGAGGUCCCUUACCACUAUCACAGCGGAGCGAACCCGAAACGUGGAGUGGGCCGGGCCAGAUCUGCAGUGGACAAGUGAACCAGAAAGAUGUCCUCCUUAAAACUGAAGCCAUGAAAUGCUUUGGAGUGGAAUGUCAUGGCCAGCUCUUCAGAUAGUGAAGAUGACAGUUUCAUGGCUGUGGACCAAGAGGAAACUACACUGGAAGGGACAAUGGAGCAAGACGAGCUCACCCACCCAGGGCUAGAGGCUGAGGAGCUGAAACAUCACAGGUCGAUGUCGGAGCUGCCGGAAGAGGUUUUGGAGUACAUCCUGUCCUUCCUCUCACCCUAUCAGGAGCACAAGACUGCAGCCCUCGUCUGCAAACAGUGGUAUCGACUUAUCAAAGGAGUAGCCCACCAGUGUUAUCAUGGUUUCAUGAAGGCUGUCCAGGAAGGAAACAUUCAGUGGGAGAGCCGCACUUACCCGUACCCUGGAACCCCGAUUACUCAGCGGUUCUCACACAGUGCAUGCUAUUAUGAUGCUAAUCAGUCUAUGUAUGUGUUUGGAGGUUGUACCCAGAGCAGUUGCAAUGCUGCCUUCAAUGACCUCUGGAGACUUGACCUCAAUAGCAAAGAGUGGAUUCGACCUUUGGCUUCAGGCUCCUAUCCUUCCCCCAAAGCUGGAGCAACUCUGGUUGUGUACAAGGACUUGCUAGUGCUCUUUGGUGGCUGGACACGACCAAGCCCUUAUCCUCUACACCAACCAGAGAGAUUCUUUGAUGAAAUACACACUUACUCACCUUCUAAAAACUGGUGGAAUUGCAUUGUAACAACCCAUGGGCCACCUCCCAUGGCUGGCCACUCCUCCUGUGUGAUAGAUGAUAAAAUGAUUGUCUUUGGUGGCUCUUUAGGAUCCCGGCAAAUGAGCAAUGAUGUCUGGGUCCUUGACCUCGAGCAGUGGGCAUGGUCCAAGCCGAACAUCACCGGCCCCAGUCCUCAUCCUCGAGGUGGCCAAUCUCAGAUUGUCAUAGACAAUGCGACUAUCUUAAUCCUUGGAGGGUGCGGCGGUCCCAAUGCUCUUUUCAAGGACGCUUGGUUGUUGCACAUGCACUCAGGUCCCUGGGCCUGGCAGCCACUCAAGGUAGAAAAUGAAGAUCAUGGGGCUCCAGAGCUGUGGUGCCAUCCAGCCUGCCGGGUGGGACAGUGUGUGGUGGUCUUCAGCCAGGCUCCCAGUGGGAGAGCCCCCCUCAGCCCCAGUCUGAACUCUCGCCCAUCACCUAUCAGUGCCACUCCUCCAGCCCUGGUUCCUGAAACCCGAGAGUACCGCUCGCAGUCUCCAGUAAGGAGUAUGGAUGAAGCUCCUUGUGUUAAUGGCCGCUGGGGAACACUGAGGCCCAGGGCUCAAAGGCAGACUCCCUCAGGCUCCCGGGAAGGGAGCCUCUCCCCGGCCAGAGGAGAUGGCUCUCCUGUCCUCAACGGUGGGAGUUUAUCUCCAGGAACAGCAGUUGUCGGUGGCUCUUCCCUGGACAGUCCUGUGCAGGCCCUAUCUCCAAGCACUCCUUCUGCUGCUGAAGGAUACGACCUAAAAAUGGGACUUUCUUUAGCCCCUCGACGAGGGUCACUACCAGAUCAGAAAGAUCUGAGACUAGGGUCCAUAGAUCUGAGUUGGGACCUAAAACCUGCUUCCAGUAGCAAUCAUAUGGAUGGCAUGGACAACAGGACAGUUGGGGGGAGUGCGAGACACCUUCCAGAACAGACCAAUGGUGUACAUACCCCUCCGCACAUGGCCAGUGCCCUCACAGGGGCUGUCUCACCUGGUGCCCUGCGCCGGAGUCUAGAGGCCAUCAAAGCGAUGUCAUCCAAAGGCCCCUCUGCCUCUGCAGCGCUAAGUCCUCCUCUUGGGUCUUCUCCAGGCUCCCCUGGGAGCCAGAGCCUGAGCAGUGGAGAAACAGUACCCAUUCCCCGCCCAGGCCCAACAGGACCUGGCCAGGGAGAUGGACAUUCCUUACCUCCCAUUGCCCGCCGCCUGGGCCACCACCCGCCACAGUCCCUCAAUGUUGGCAAGCCCUUGUACCAGAGUAUGAACUGCAAGCCCAUGCAAAUGUACGUGCUGGACAUUAAAGACACUAAGGAGAAGGGGCGGGUCAAAUGGAAAGUAUUUAACAGCACCUCUGUGGUUGGACCACCUGAAACCAGCCUGCACACAGUGGUCCAAGGCAGGGGUGAACUCAUCAUAUUCGGAGGACUCAUGGACAAGAAGCAGAAUGUGAAGUACUAUCCAAAAACAAACGCCUUGUACUUUGUGCGUGCAAAGAGAUAAUGUGUUCGAAUCUCCUUUCCUUUUCUGUGGCUUUUAAUUUGGAAUUUUCCAGUGUGCAAGCAUUUGGACUAAGAAUUGGGAAAACAGUAACAUUAUUCCCUUAAACCAAAACUCCAAUGCCCAGUCUAACUCACUCCAGGCUGGGAUCAAAUCUUCAUUAAGACAAAAAUUAUAUAUAAAAAAUAUAUUAUAUAGCUAACUCUGUUUACAAAAAAGGGAGAGAUCUCCAUCCUAGUUCAGAUAAAAUUGUUGCUGUGUUUUAGCAGAGGCUAUGCUGCCUUUUUCUACUUUGCUGAUAACUAGACCAAGAAUCAUUAUGUUUCCAAUAGAAACUGAAGAGCCCCUAUACAUCUCUAUGUGGCCUUCUCAGAAUUAGAGAAUGGGAAGGGCAUGGCUAAGAUGCAAAGGUUUCAGUGCAGCCCCCACCUCUGCAGGUGCUGGCAGGGUGAGAGAGACUCAGAAGAAAACCACAGAGGACCUGUGACUGCUCUGCAGGAUGCCCUGUGCCUGGUCCAUUUCUACCCUCUCUGUGACCCUGGGGAAGUCACCCAUCAAGGGAUUUCUUUUUUCCAAGUGUGCCAGGAUCAUUGAGGAAUGUUAUGCAGCCGACGUCUGUCCACCUUGUGUCCGUUGGUCCUUUGAGUGCUCCCUACAUGUCUCAGAAAACAUUUGCUGUCUGAUUAUGGAAUUUUCUGACAAUCAUGUUUGGUUGCAAGUUCCCAAAACCUGUAUUUGUUCUCCUUGUCCUUAUUUUAGAAUUUUUGUUCCCAGAGGCUGUAUUUUCCAUUUAUAGGCUGCUCUCCACCCCUCACACCCUUUUUCAUAGGGAUUUCCUAAGCCCUAAAACCUUUCUUACUUUAUUUCUUUCACAGAUCUCAGGUUCCUAGAGAAAUCAGAUGCUUCUUAGAAAUAUUUCCAGAACCUUUUCCCUGGUAUUGCUAUGGGGCAAGUAUGGAAUUCUAAGAUGCUAGUACUAUAAAAAAAUCCUUGAAGCAUCAAAAGGCACUUUUUUCCCUAAGGGCUUCUUUUUAGUCCGUGCACAUUGGGCACACUCAUCCAUAUUUGUAGAAUGUGGAGGUUGGUCCUGGAAGGGAUCCUAAUAACAGUUCCCUGGGUGGGUGGGGUUGUGUCCCUGUGACAUGUGUUCUUGUGCCUGGCUGUUGACAGCUGACCAGAUUGCGUAUCAUGUACUUGACCUUCAUGAUGCCUGGCUGCCCAGGUGAGCGGCUUCCUCACUUGUGCUUGUCUUGAAGUUCAUGUGUCACCCAUACCCAAACAAGGCUUGGGUUUUAGCUUUCCCUUUAUUUCUGAGAUAAGGUACAACCAAGUAAGAACAUUUCUUUGGUUAAUACAGAAAGUUAGAAGUUAACUAGACUCUAAACCAUGGCUGGGACACAGGAGAUAUCAAAUGAGUUUAUUUCAAAUGGGACCAUUGAAAUCUGGGGUUUUGGUGAUUUCUCAUCAGUGGAUAGAUUUUUGUUACCUUUAGGGUUUAAAUUUCAAAACAUGUUUCCCACCCCCAUGCCCCUUUCUCUUGUUAGCAUUUCCUAGGCACAAGCUGUUGGCAGCUGGCCCUGGGUCUUGGCCCCCAGCCUGUACUUCACAGUCCUCUUGAUUAGGGUGUUUCCUCCUGUUGCAUCAUGCUGAAUCCUCCCCUGCCUGUCCACUUUUCCUGUGUGGUCUUGGUGGGAAAGGCCUCCGGUGCCAAGCCCAGGGAAGGGCCAGCUUGAAGGGAGGUUGCCUGUGCCUGAAGCUGCUCUACUGUUCCCUCAGAGGAGGGACAGACCACGUGCCUACUUCCUCUGGUGUCACACUGCUCAAAGCUGUGCACAGGGCUUUCCAAUUCCCUGUUCUGCGCUGUUGCCGGUCCUUCCUUGGCCAAGACUGUUGAUCAUUUGGGCUCCUGAUCUACAAGGCAAAGCCAGCCUAGAAGAUUAGCAAUCUAGAAGGUUCAGCAUCAUUGCUGUUGCUGAACCUUGUCUGUGACAUUGAGUUUGUGCGUGGAUGGUGCCUCCAAACUUGGUUCCCGCAUAAGUGUAUUGUAUUUGGAAGCCUGAAAGUUCAGAAUCUCUACUUUGUAAUCUCUGUGUCCUGUGGCCUUCCUAAGCCACUGUUGAUUCCUCUGCUUUCCCAAGUUGGCAAGUGACAGAAAUGUUGAUUCUAUUAGAAAGUAAUGUGGUUCCUCUCAAUUCCACACACCCCAGUGUUACCCACACCGCUGGUAACCAGACUGUCCGAUUACAGCCCUCUGAGAAAAACCUGCCUCAUCCAUACCCCAUGGUGUGGGUUUCAACUCCUGGGCACUAUGGGUGUAGACUGUGGGAAACCAACUCAACAUAGUCAGGUGAUUGUCUCCUUGGGCCCUUAGGAGGCCACCUGCAGUGGGUGUCUCAGAGCCAUCAGAUCGAAUGGCACCACAACCUUGUUUUUGAGGCAAUACCAAUUUUGUCUUAAAAUUCACUGAGAAAUGAGACAAAAUAUUUUUGUUUAAACCCUCAGGAUCACCUUAAGGAAAUAUUUAUCGGUAUUUAAGUAUUUAAAACACAUCUUGUUUCUACUUGAAGCUUUAACCCCUCCAUUCCUACAAGUGUGCCUUUGAGAGCCCCUAGGUCAUAUUGACUUCACUGGUCACCAUGCCGACCUCAUGUACGAAUUUGAGUCUCUUCCACCCUCCUGGACAGAGCUUCCUGAUCUCUCAUUCCACAUAUUAUGCAGCAGAGAGCGUCUUUAGUUUUGUUCCUAUUUCUACCCUUCUUCUACACAUGGGUGGUGGGCUCCAUAACCCCACCCUCCCUCCACAUUCUAGGAGCACCAAUUCAGUGUCAGAACAACCUUAAAUUUUGUUUUUAAGGCAAUAUGGGACUUACUUUCCUCCUAGCCUUCUGUGGGUUGAUUUGCUUUUAAUGUUUGCAUUUAUAGCAAGAGCUGAAACCAUGAACUAUCUAGGAGCUAUGUUGGAACACUUUAUAAUAAAGAAGAGGAGAAAGAAAGAAAAGCAGCAUAAGAAGUCUUGACUUUGGAGGAUGGAAAGCCACUGGCCAACAGAGAACAAGAGGAUAUUUCCCUUUCCUUCACCUUGUCUACUGGUUUCCUCUGUUUCGCUUUUUCCCUUCCCCUUCAGAGUGAUACACCUGGUUGGUCUGUCUGUCCUUGUCUUUCUGGUGAUCCUGGCAUGGUAAUGUGCUCUGCUUUGCAUUAUCUGUGGUCUUGCACCAGCGCAGCUGUCAGUGGGAAGGAUCUGAACCCACCUAGGGCAGGAAGCCCAUGUUCAGCUCUCCCCUGGAACUGUGGAAGGCCUGUUCUCAGCAACUCCCUCCCCCAUGUUCAUUGUGAGUGAGAGCAGACCUUAGGCGUGGGCUCUGUUGUACUCUCUGUACCUGCUCUGCUCCCUCCCACCAACCAGGGUUCAUGUCAGUGCACAUCCAUCAUUCCCUGGCAAGGCUGGUGCUGUGAGUGAUGUUUCCCAUACAAUUUCGGGGUGCCAGGUGGCUUACCCUGAGAUAGUCAUUUUAGGCACAUAACAGUGUAGGAAUGAAAAUGAAUUUCAUGGAUAUUUAAAUCUAUCAAUUUCAUUUUUUGUUAUUGUUUUCCCCUGAUGAAUUUUUAGCAGUUUAACAAAUAAAACAAAAUGGACAGAA